GCACGCAUCCCGCGAGGCAACCCACCCUCCUCAGUCUUCGCCCCGCCCCGCGGACCGGAAGGAAUUGCCGGCAUUUCCGGCGCCGGCGCUUCUGAGGUUUCCUCAGUGAUGUCGUGGUUACGAGCCGCUUCCUUGGUCCAGGGUCCUGGAGAGGAGAGGGACGUUUUUGACGAGGAAGCUGACGAGUCGGUCCUGGUGCAGCGGGAAUGGCGGAACCACAUGCAGAGACGAGUCAAAGAAGGCUAUAGAGAUGGAAUAGAAGCUGGCAAAGCAGUUACUCUUCAACAAGGUUUCAAUCAAGGUUAUAAGGAAGGUGCAGAAGUCAUUAUGAACUAUGGACAACUCAGAGGAACAUUGAGUGCUUUGCUCUCCUGGUGUCACCUUCAUGAUAGUAGUUCGGCUUUGAUCAGUAAAAUAAAUAAUCUUCUGGAUGCAGUUGGCCAGUGUGAAGAGUAUGUGCUCAGACAUCUGAAAUCAAUCACUCCACAGCCCCAUGUUGUAGAUUUAUUGGACUCCAUUCAGGAUAUGGACCUUUGUCAUAUAGCUCCAGCUGAGGAAAAGAUUGAUGAAGCUAAAGAUGAAAGAUUCUAUGAAAAUAAUGCUGAGUUUAACAAAAACUGUAGCAAGAAUCUUAGUGGGGUAGAUUGUUCAUCUUUAAAAUAUUGUAGAACACAGGAGCGUGCACAUUCCGAAAACCCAAGCCUCACUUGGAUUUUAGAACAGACAGCCAGUUUGGUAAAACAGCUGGGAGUAUCAGUAGACAUAUUACAGCACCUCAAACAACUAUAAAAAUUAUCUUCACUUUAAUAUUGAAAAUAAUAUUCAGAACAUUCUUAGAAUAUUUUGUUUCUGAACAAGCUAACCAAAAUUUGUACUGGUUUCUACACUGAACACUUCACUUGUAAGGUUAUCCUUCAUGGAAGUUUGAACUGUCUUCAAAAUUAACACUAUUUAAUAUAAGCCUA